AUGGAAGGGAAGACACAUGGUCGCACUCUAAUGAGCACCUCGGUUAAAAUAUGUUCGGAUUCUACAGGUAAAAGCAUUGAUCCUACUUUAUAUAGAAGCAUGAUAGAAAGUCUCAUUUACAUUACUGCUAGCAAAGCAGACAUUGCUUUUAGUGUAGGUGUUUGUGCACGAUUUCAAGCUAAUCCUAAAGAAUCACACCUCAUUGCAGUAAAAAGAAUCUUGAAAUACCCGAGUGCUACUGUUGACUAUGGCAUCUGGUAUUCAAAAGAUUCAAAUUUGAGUCUGGCUGGCUAUUCUAAUGCUGACUGGGCUGGUAAUACUGACGACAGAAAAAGCACCACAGGUGGAUGUUUUUAUGUCGGUAGCAAUUUGGUAGCAUGGAUAAGCAAUAAGCAAAACUCCAUCUUUUUGUCCACUGUUGAAGCCAAAUACAUUGCGACUGGCAAUUGUUAA